GUGGCGGAGGGUAGGUUGCGCCAGGGACUGUGUCUGCCGAGCUCCGCGGCUGUGCCUGUGUGAGUGAAGGAGCAGCGCGGGGAGGCAGAGGCGAGCGCGGCCAAGAGCGGCGGCGGGACGGCUCCGGCGGCCGCGGAUCAGCGGCGGUGCUCUGUGUGGGGAAGCAGCGGCAGCGGCAGCAGCGGCGGCGGCAGCAGCAGCAGCAGCGGCGGCCGCCUCUCCGCCGCCGGGGACGCCGAGGCGCGGCUGGUGGCACUGACAUCGGCGGCCCUGCCUCUCCUCCCUCGCCCCCGGCCCUCCCCAUGUGAUCGGUCUUAAUCCCGGCAGUGUGCGCGCGUGGGGCUCCAUUCCGCGGUGCCGGAUCUCCGUGCCGGGGUGGGUGCUCGUGUGUGCGCUUCCCCUCUCCAUCCCCCUUCCCCCAAGAAUAAAAGAAGAACCGAGAGGCUUGCUUGGAAAAUAAAUAAAUAACCACCACACACGCGCAGCCCGGAGCAGAGUCGGCGGGGCUGGUGGCGGCGGCGGAGGAGGAGUGAAGGCGGCGGCGGCGAAGGAGGAGGAGGGACGCGCGGAGAAGGCAGUAACUUUCAAGCCAGCUCAGAGCCCAGACCUCCAGCCAAGCGGUUUGCAGCGCGGCGGCGGCGUUGAGUGUCUGGCCCGCCGGUCCGGUCGGGGUGUGCAGUAGGACGGACGAGCAGCGCGUCGCUGUCCCCCGGCGGCCGGAGAUGUCCGAGCCCAAGGCAAUUGAUCCCAAGUUGUCGACGACCGACAGGGUGGUGAAAGCUGUCCCAUUUCCUCCAAGUCACCGGCUUACGGCAAAAGAAGUGUUUGAUAACGAUGGGAAACCUCGUGUGGAUAUCUUAAAGGCACAUCUCAUGAAGGAAGGCAGGCUGGAAGAGAGCGUUGCAUUGAGAAUAAUCACAGAGGGGGCUUCAAUUCUUCGACAGGAAAAAAAUUUGCUGGAUAUUGAUGCACCAGUCACAGUUUGCGGGGACAUCCAUGGACAGUUCUUUGACUUGAUGAAGCUCUUUGAAGUGGGCGGAUCUCCUGCCAACACUCGCUACCUCUUCUUAGGGGACUAUGUAGACAGAGGGUACUUCAGUAUCGAAUGUGUGCUGUAUUUGUGGGCUUUGAAAAUUCUUUACCCCAAAACACUGUUUUUACUUCGUGGAAAUCAUGAAUGUAGACAUCUAACAGAGUAUUUCACAUUUAAACAAGAAUGUAAAAUAAAGUAUUCAGAACGCGUAUAUGAUGCCUGCAUGGAUGCCUUUGACUGCCUGCCCCUGGCUGCCCUGAUGAACCAACAGUUCCUAUGCGUACACGGCGGCUUGUCUCCAGAGAUUAACACCUUAGAUGAUAUCAGAAAAUUAGACCGAUUCAAAGAACCACCCGCUUAUGGACCUAUGUGUGAUAUCCUGUGGUCAGACCCCCUGGAGGAUUUUGGAAAUGAGAAGACUCAGGAACAUUUCACUCACAACACAGUCAGAGGGUGUUCAUACUUCUACAGUUACCCGGCUGUAUGUGAAUUCUUACAGCACAAUAACUUGUUAUCUAUACUCCGAGCCCAUGAAGCCCAAGACGCAGGGUACCGCAUGUACAGGAAAAGCCAAACAACAGGCUUCCCUUCUCUCAUUACAAUUUUUUCAGCACCAAAUUACUUAGAUGUAUACAAUAACAAAGCUGCAGUAUUGAAGUAUGAGAACAAUGUCAUGAAUAUCAGGCAAUUCAACUGUUCUCCUCAUCCAUACUGGCUUCCAAAUUUCAUGGAUGUUUUCACUUGGUCCCUGCCAUUUGUUGGGGAAAAAGUGACUGAGAUGCUGGUAAAUGUCCUCAACAUCUGCUCAGAUGAUGAACUAGGGUCAGAAGAAGAUGGAUUUGAUGGUGCAACGGCUGCAGCCCGCAAGGAGGUGAUAAGGAACAAGAUCCGAGCGAUCGGCAAGAUGGCCAGAGUGUUCUCGGUUCUCAGAGAAGAGAGUGAGAGUGUGCUGACGCUGAAAGGCCUGACGCCCACGGGCAUGCUCCCCAGUGGAGUGCUCUCUGGAGGGAAGCAAACGCUGCAAAGCGCUAUCAAAGGAUUUUCACCACAACAUAAGAUCACUAGCUUCGAGGAGGCCAAGGGCUUAGAUCGAAUUAACGAGAGGAUGCCACCUCGCAGAGAUGCCAUGCCCUCUGACACCAACCUUAACUCCAUCAACAAGACUCUCGCCUCAGAGACUAACGGCACGGACAGCAAUGGCAGUAAUAGCAGCAAUAUACAGUGACCACUUCCAGUUCACUUUUUUUUUUUUUUUUUUUUGGAGCUGCAGGGCAUGAUGGGGAUUGCUGCAUAUCAGCAGUUGGAUGUUCUUGCCUCUGAUGGUAGCUUAUUUGCUCUGGGGCCAGGAGUUGGAUUCAGUUUACACUAUCAUUAGAAAAGAGGGAGAGAGAUAAUAAACUAUAUUUUGGUGAGGGUUGUGAUUAAACACCUCUUUUGGGUAUGCCUUUUAAAAAUGCUUAUAGGAAAAACAAUUUAAAAAGAAAGCUAAUGCUAGUAUAUACUGCAAUGUUAGGGGAAUGAACAUGUUUUCCUACUGCAUCGGGGACUUCUAGAUAGGUUAAUGAGAGGUCUUUUAUUAUGUUACUGGACAUGAAAACUUUGUCUAAUUUCUUACUCUAUUGUACGUUUACAGUUGCAGCACUAAAAAUGGAUGACAUCAAACAUUUUUAACAAAAUGAUGUACAAACUAAAUAAGGACUAUUUAUUGAUAAUGUUUUGCUACUCUUGUCAGACAAUGGCUAUACAAUGAAUUAGGCAGUCUUA